UGAACCUUGUACAACUGUAAAGUACUGAAUAGAAAAACCAUCUGUAGUGUAUUGUAAAAAGGUCGGCUCACAGGAGAGAGCCGAUAAAGUGCUGGACAUUUCCCAAAUCUCACUUGUUUUCUGAUCACAGGAGACUCCACAUGUUGUGUAUUGUACGAAAAUCAAUAAGACAUCUUUGGUAUUUAAGUAUGAAUGGCUGAGAGUGGUCAUGAUUAUUUGGAAAUUCUUCCAGAUGAAGCAGAGGUAGCCAUGAAUCGGCCACUGGUGGAAAUCCCUCUACUGGGUACAGACUCGGGGUCUCUGGAUGUUGACCAAGUGAGCCCGGAGUUUCCCAUGCAGUCUUCCGGAGAGUAUAGGCCUAUCAGUACGGCCAAAACCUAUGACUACGCGGACUGUCCGCACCAGUACGAGGAACUCCCGCACCUACAACUACGCCCCAAUGGCAUGUCCCCUGACUCCGUGGACACCCACUCCUCCAAUGGCACCACAGUCACUUCAGGAAUUCAUUCGGAACAGGAGGAAGGAGAGGGUGCCACCCAGUCGGCAGAAGAAAGGAAGCGGUUCAACCCUUUGUACGACACCAUGAUUAACACCUCACCCACCAUCUACAACAAGGUGAACACCACGGUGAAGGCCAAGCAGGACCACACCGUGCUUACCCAGCUACGCCUCAUGAAGCUGGCCAUCCUCCUCCUCAUCCUCAUCUCCAUCGCCUCACUCUUCAUCAGUGUGUACGUCGUCAUAGCCUUCAGUGAUGGACCCACUAAAGUAGCCUCCUUACAGAAAGAGCUCCAAAGUCUCAAGUCCAAUUAUACCACCAUGAACAUUAAGAUGAGGAUUUUGGAAUCUCUUGUUGCGGGGAAUAAGUCAUUUGAAUACAUCAAUGAUCUUGAUGACAAGUCUGGUGUAUGGAGUGUUCUCCAGCUUAUCUAUUUUCAACAACAGACGAAGGAGAAUAUAUCUUCCCUGAACUCAAAUUUAUCGAACACAAAAGUUACGUUACAACAAGUCCAUGAUCAAGUUAGUUUCAGUUAUCAAAACCUCACUUCCAUCAUGGCAUCCCAGAAUUCCAUAGUACAGGAACAGCUCCUGAAUAUCAGCAAAAUGGAGGGACCUCAGGGUCCCCAGGGAGUGGGUAAUCUGAGUGCCUGUUUUAUGAAGACUGAUACAGCCAGCUCUGCAAGUGACACAACGAGGACAUCCACUCUCAAUCCAUUUCCUCCAAUGGAGGACUUUGAGAUGAAAUGGUUCUUGUGUGUGUUCCUCUGUAUCCCGCUGUCUCAAGCACAGAGCUGUUCCAAAUACAUCGACCUUGUGAUUGUCGUGGAAUCUUCCAACAUCACGUCAUACCAGGACAAACGGACGACGACAUGGCACCCCGCCAUCCAGAUGUUCCUGACCAGUCUAUUGGACGGUCUGACGCUCGGCGCCGAGUUCUUCAGGGUGGCGGUGGUGCUGUACAGUUCGUCGAUCGAUGACGUCAUGACGUUCACGGUGGACAGAGAAUUCGCGCAGCACGCCGUAACGUUCCUGCGACCUAAUUUCGGAGGAGCUAAUUUACAUAUGGGGCUGGAGGAGAUGAACAGACUGUAUCAGUACUACUCACGUCCCGGCGCUACCAAGCGGGCCCUGCUGGUCACCGGGUCACACAUCGGGGACUCCUCCAGCACGUUCGCUGAAGUGUGGCAGGCCCGCAUCAUGAACGUGGAUCUUCUAGCCAUCGGGUUCGGUGGAAAUGAGCUUGAACACGAGUUGAAGCAAAUGGCCUCUGAUUUCGUGGUGACUAUUGGUGAUAUAGGGAUGUUAUAUGCUCUAGUUACGAGAGCCUUGGAGAGGAUCUGCAUUGAUCCAGUUGAUGGUGCCUGGUCUUCCUGGAUGAACUGGGGAACGUGCACAGCCUCUUGUAACGGUGGUUACCGCUCACGUGCACGUUCCUGUAGCUCACCCCAGCCUUCCCUCGGGGGUCACCUUUGUGAUGGGAUGCCAAGUCAGACGGAGAUCUGUAACACACACGGAUGCCAAGAUGAAUGGGGAGCGGGAAGCUGGUCUUCCUGGAGUGACUGCUCCACUUCCUGUGGUUCGGGUAGGAGGGUGAGGACUCGGUGGUGCCGUGACCAAUGCAGUGACCGCGAGGUGGAGACCCAGUUCCAACCCUGCUCCAAGGCGGAAUGUCCCUCACCGGUGAAUGGGUCUUGGACGGCGUGGGGGGAAUGGAGCCCCUGUGACUGCCAUACAAAGACACGUCAUAGCCGGCGGGAGUGUUCGAACCCGCCACCCGCCAAUGGGGGCCAGACCUGUACUGGGUUGUCUGUGAAUGUCAGCGAUUGUCUCCCUACAGACGUAGAUCAAUGCCCUGAGGACGGGUCCUGGUCGUUUUGGUCUGAGUGGAGCACCUGCUCCAAGACCUGUGGUCAGGGAAUUUCAUCUCGAACACGUCAGUGCGAUAACCCCGUGCCUCGUAAUGGCGGAAGCGAGUGUUCGGGGACGAAGUUUGACCAGCGUAGAUGUAAUCAAUACACUUUAUGUCAAGAUUGUCCACACAAACCACUGCAGCACAGAGACGGCUGGUACAUGAUGCGUUUUUACGAUUCCUGGGUACCACAGCGUUGUUCUGACGGCGAGGUCUUCUCAAUGGAAUCAUGUGACUGCAUGGCGGACCCAAACAUCGUCACAGGACCAAGGUGUGAUAACGUUGUGGACCUUGAUUUUGUGUCGCACAAUGAGGAGGCCCGGGAUGACUUGGGAGAGAGGGAAUCCACAGCCUCCAAUGUGAAUUAUGACGGGGCGGGCAAUGCAGUGUUCAGUAGUGACUCGAGUGUAGUUCUGUGGCAGUUUUACCAGAUGGAGCUGGAUUCUGGGUUCAGGAUUUCCGUCCGAGUGAAGCCGGACGCCGGCCCCGGGCCGAUGAGGACUCUGCUGAGUGAUGACGAUUGCUCCUCCUCUGAACGUCCGUCUAUUGUGAUUGGUUUCAAAACUAUAGAGAACAACACUGUUCACGUGAUAUUUGGACUGUCUCUUCAAAACAGAGGAGCCAUGUCAUUUCUUAACAUAACCACAAGGGUGGACGACUUUCUUGAUUUAAACUUCCAUUUUACCGGAAGGCGGUUUGGUGGUGAAGUUAAAAACAAGCUCACGGAGAUAAUUUUCCCAGAAACGGAGCUUGUACAAGCAAGACGAGGCCCGCUAGUGAUCGGUAACAAUAUCUGUUCCAACUUACAGGGGUUCCAGGGACUGCUAAACCAGAGAAUUAGUACAGAGAGAACCAAACAUCUGGAAUGUCCUUAUACCUUGACUGCUGAGCUAUCUGAGGAACCUUCAGCCCCGGCGCCUGAGGCUGUUUUAGCAGAGGGGGCGGGGCAGAAGAUGAGGCAGGGGAGUUGGUAUUAG